ACACAAGCAGCGCAUCGCUGCCAAAGCACAGACGUGUUUCACCGCCGCUCUCGCCAACUUUUUAAACUUUGCGCGAGUUUGUGUUUUCUCUUGACUGCCAAUAGCCUCGAUUCUUGGAUUUUUUCUUCUUGUUUCGGUUGAAAUUCUGCCUCUUUAGCGGGCAGGAAGAGAAAUUAUUCGUGAGAUAAUUGGUUCAUGUUGUGAAAUUCUGAGACUAAAGAAGAUUUGCACUUCUUUUUAAUUUCUAUCGCGGAGAAUUUUGUUCGCCGGAGUUUUGUGUUCGAGCCCUUGCGGCUCUGGAAACGCACUUUUGCCGGUCAUUGCUGCUGGACUUGUCCGUUGCAUUGUGUGGAAGCGAUACCUAUUAGAGGACAUUAAUUAAAAGGUGUCUCUAAUUUGUGAAACCGGUAAAAGGAUGGGGACAAAGCGAUGGACAUUACGUUGUUUACGGCAUUAACCCCAUGUGAAAGUUGCCUACUUUCUAAAGGGUUAAAUUUGUGAAAAACAUACUACUGUUUUGAAAAGUGUCGACGAUGACUCUCACAAGGAUGUCUUUGCAAAGGUCAUCAAGAUUUCAAAGACUGAUCUCCGAUUCUCGGAGGUCCAAACAGUUACUGGUACUGCUUAUUCUUCCUUUGAUGAUGACCUCACUAAUAGAUAAUGGAGAAGCAGCUUGGCAAGAUGGUAUCCAGCCGCAUAUCAGGGUCUCGCAACUUGAUGAAUCUGAUCUUCAGCGAUUUAUGGGAAACCGAUCUUACUUCAAGCUAUUGGAACAAGAUGGCGAUUCCCUCCUAGUUGGCGCAAGGAACAUAGUCUACAACAUCAGCCUAAAGUCCCUAGAUGAAAUGAAGAGGUUGGAAUGGUACUCAACAAAUGAUGACAUAAGUAUGUGCAGACUGAAAGGAAAAUCAGAGGAGGAGUGCCAAAACUAUAUAAGAGUGCUAGCAAGGAAGUCCGAAGACACAAUUCUUGUGUGUGGAACGAAUGCCUUCAAGCCCAUGUGCCGACACUAUAAACAAACACCAUCAGAUUAUGAAGUAACAAAAGAGACGUCAGGAGAAGGUCUAUGUCCGUAUGACCCCAACCACAACAGCACAGCAAUUUACGCAGAUGGAGAUCUGUAUGUGGCUACUGUUGCGCAGUUUUCCGGAACAGAUCCACUUAUUUACAGAGAACCGUUGAGAACAGAACAGUUUAAUUUUGAACAUUUGAAUGCUCCGAGUUUUGUAAGUUCCAUUCAUCAUGAAGAAUAUGUGUACUUCUUUUUCCGAGAGACUGCAGUGGAGUACAUCAACUGUGGAAAGAUGGUGUAUUCUAGAGUCGCUCGGGUGUGCACCAGAGACAAGGGAGGGGCUCACAAGUUUCGGAACCGAUGGACUUCAUUCUUAAAAGCAAGACUCAACUGUUCCCUCCCGGGGGAGUUUCCUUUCUACUUCAAUGAAAUACAAUCCACCAGCCACAUUGUGGACGGACUCUAUGGUGGGAAGCCUGCGCAGUUGAUCUACGCUGUCUUUACUACUCCAACGAAUAGCAUUAGUGGCUCAGCGGUGUGCGCAUUUCGUUUGGAAGACAUUCUUAAAACAUUUGACGGUCCUUUCAAAGGUCACGAAGAUGUCAACUUUAACUGGUUGCCCGUACAAAAUUCCAAAGUUCCAGAACCUAGACCAGGCCAAUGCGUGAAUGAUUCCAGAACACUUCCAGAGAUGACUGUGAAUUUUAUUAAGAACCACAAUCUUAUGGACCAAGCUGUUCCUGCAUUUUGGGGAAAACCUAUUGUGAUUUACACUGGCUUUAAAUAUAGGUACACACAUAUUGCAGUUGAUCCUCAGAUAGAAACCGCCAAUGGCAAGAAAUUUGAUGUUCUUUUCAUUGGAACAGAUAAUGGAAAGGUUAUUAAAGCCUUGAACGGUGGUAGCGCCGGUGGGGCGUCUCAGAAUGUGAUACCUGUUAUCGUGGAAGAAAUGUUGGUGUUUCCACAGCGAUUUCCUGUCACUAAUUUGUUAGUGUAUCAUACAGCGCAAGAAGCGAAGCUGGUUGUUGUUUCACAAAACGAGAUUCUAACAAUACCACUGCAUUCGUGCAACAAGCAUGCUAGAACGUGCAGUGCCUGCGUAGCGUUACGAGAUCCUUACUGUGCAUGGGACACUAGCCAGAGAAUAUGUACUAGCUCAAAGCAGAGAAUUUGGAAGAGUGACAAAUUUGUGCAGAAUGUUGCAGAUGGAUGGGAUGCGCGCUGUCCUGAAGUUCCUAGCACAAGCACUUCUACUAGUCGAACAACAGAGCAAAUUGUCACAUGUCCACCGUGCCCUGUAAAGUGUGUAUGUCCAAAUGGUCCUGGAUAUAUUGAUAAUGAAGUGGACGACAUUGGACGUCCGCUAAAUAAAGAUACAAGUCCACAGAGAUCUCCUCAGCUAAGUCGCCAUGACAACCACCUUGGCAGCAGACCAAUACCCCAAGAAGAUCCUGAUAUUAGACCAAACAUAAGUCCUGAUUCACCAGAUGCUGCUCGUGACUAUCAUCUCAUCUACACAGCUGAGACCCUAGCCAUUGCUGUUACUUCAAGCAUAGUAUCUUCACUGGUUGUUGGCUUCAUUAGUGGAUACAUAUUUAGCCGCCGGUGUCGUACAGAAGAAAUGGAAAGUCCUUACUUGGAUGAAGGUCCCUACGGUGAGACGCAGCCAAAUGCUAGGAUAGAUCCUAGGAACCUAGACACCUUUCUGCCGGUUUCUGUCAACAACAAACCAAUAAAUUUGGUUCUCAACGUGCCGCCUAAAACGGGUAAGACAGCAAAUAGCUCGGCAGACAACAAACCACUUCAGAAAGCUAAGAAGAUAUAUUUAUAGUUAUUUUUUGGCCUUCAGUUUAAGAAAGAAUAAACAGACGCACACGAUAUUUGAGAAGAUAAGUUUCGCGCGUGUGUGUGAGUGUGGCAGUCCUUUGUUUUCAAUGAAGUGAAUUGCCUUUCAAGUCGAGUGUUGACUUGUCAGACUUGCCAACAGAUCGAUUGAGUUCGUUUCUUUUCAAAGACAUGGCUUUUAUGAGUGACGAAAAAAAUCUUGUUGUAAUUUUUUGAAGCGACAGCACUGUGUUAUUUUUUUUCCUCCAUGGUUAUAGCAUUCGAUGUUUCUAAAGUUUCCUGAGAAGAUAACUAGAAUAAAUGUUUUUGCAGUUAAUCUUUCCAUUUUUUACUACAACUUGAGGCAGUGAAAUUUCGACUAUAAGCGCACGUAAGAGAAAGGACUUGCUUUACUAAUUAUAAACUAUUUUGCGAUACCAGCGCAAGCUACGGAUAUUUUAAAAUACUAUUUUCUGGUUUUUCAUACACCAACUUAAACGCUUCUUCCGUACCACUAUGUUCCAAAGAUUUUCUAACAUUUCAAAAAUGUUUCCCAGUAACACGAACCUGAAACGAAAAACUUUGUGGUUUCAGAGAAUACAGUACGAAUGCCAUUUUGCUGAACUCACACUGAUAUUGUACUUUGAACUUUUAUAUCAAGGAUUAAAGACGGGAUCUUUCCUUUUAACAUACAUGCAUUAAGAAAGCAAGUAAGCUUCUUCAAAGUCAGCAUUUUGCCGUGUUUAUUAGCUGAAACUAAGUCUUGUAUACAAGUGAUUGUGUGUUAUUGUUUCGGCAUAUGAACUGCAUUUUAACAAUGCCCAAGUCAGCGCCAGAAACUGUACAUUACUUCAACUACUUCAAUGUAGCUGGCAUCGGCAGAUCGAUGUCGAGUUACAUCCAUCACUGGCAAUGGUUGCCAUCAACUAUGCAGUAUGUCAUUUUGUACAGAAGUGUUCAAAUGUGCGUGCUUCUUUCGGCGCAUUUCAAUGUGUCACGAAAAUAUUCAUUAUAAAAUGCUUAUGACAUGGAACAGAAUUGGUCAUAAGAUUGUACGUGCAUGGAAAGUUAAUUAAAAAAAAAAAAAACCCUUUCUCUCUGAUAUUGUAGGUAAAUGAAACUUAUUUAUUCUACGUUAUUCAAAAA